AUGUUGGCCCCCAAGCAGUAUUCUGCACCUUUGAGUGUUCCGUCGUCCCAGACCCCAACUGCAUAUCAUGCGAACCCGUUACAGAGACCCGCGACAGCCACAAGAGCUCAGGAUGGAAUGGGAUUCGCCAGCCCGACGAAAUCGGAGCUUUCGGAGGGGCAGGACGAUCUGGCAUCAGUCCGCACCUGGGAUGAGAAACGUGUUGUCGCCUGGCUUCACAGCAUCAAAUGUGGGCAAUAUGAGUCGUUAUUCAAAGCCAACAAUUUCAAUGGGGACAACCUGCUCGAAUGUGACCAAAAGAUCCUACAGGAAAUGGGCAUUAAGAAGGUGGGCGACCGAGUGCGCAUCUUUGUCGCCAUCAAGCAACUCAGAACCAAGUCUGGGACCUCGUCAAGACAGAAGAAUAUGGAUACCCUAGCCGCCCUCGAAGCCACCGCGCUCUCUAAUUCCUCCCGCUAUUCUCAUUCCCGCCUACCGUACCGACGCACAUCUCAGCUGGCUGAUGAUUAUCUGAACAGUAAAACGCUGUCUCAGCCUGCGUCGCCACCCGCCGGUGACUCUGAAAGGGGUCCAUGGCGCAAGGAUUACCUGAACCAUCCAUCUUCGGGUGGCUCAAGCUCUGGUCGAAACACCGGCACUCCGAACGAAGGCAGAAGCUCCCAUCCUCGGAACCCCAGUCUUGACGGCCUCACCAUGGGCCCUCUUCCGCCAAGCUCCCCUGUCAUCCGCGUCAUAUAUACCGGUGGACAAACCAAGGUGUUGGAUAUCCGCAAUUGCAAAACACCCGACGAAGUCAUCCUGUGUGUGUUGAAGAAGCUGCAGCUUCCGGAGCACCAGUACAGAAAUUAUUGUUUCUAUGUUCUAGACGGGUUAGAUCCAGAUCUGUCUAAUUGCAGGAAACUCACUGAACCCGAGCUCAUGGAGAUUUGUGACGGGUUCAACAAGUCCGAACGAGGCCGCUUGAUUCUACGAAAGAUUCAUGCCGGCGAGCCAGAUAUGGACGAGCUUCGACGUGCCUCUCAGCUGGCAUACGAUGAAAGUCAGGCCACUCAUCAUAACGCUCUCAGCAAUUCGAAUCAGCGCCAGAAACACAAGAUCCAGCAACUUACCGGCGAAUCUUGGCAUAACAUUAAGCAACCACUCUCUCCAUUAGGUCCCCGACAUCGUCCUUCCAAUUCUAGUCUGGAAGACCAGGGCCCUAACGGUGAACGGAACCCCGUGGCUAAGCUUCGCUCUUUCUUCGGACAGAGACCUCCAAGUGAGAUGAUUAUUCACGAGCUACAGUCAUUCUUCCCCAGUCAUGACCGAGAAAACAUCGAAAAGACCAUGCGCAGAUCUCAACGUUUGAGCCGUGCCGCAAGUCGCAUGAGUGUUGUAAGCAACUACAGUGUUGCUUCAAGUAUGAAGGAUGCUCCUCCUCUACCACCAUUGCCUCCGAUCCCACCAAUCCCCAGCAUUGCAGAUACAUGGCUUCAGGGCCCAGGGGCAGCACAGGCAGUACGUGCUCCGCGGCCUAUAUCAGUCUCAAAGUUCAACCUACCACAAACCUCAUAUCGGGACUCCAUUGCGUCUAGCUCUCUUCAGCCUCUCCAGGAAGAGUCGCCCAUUGAGCCGAACCGCAAGUCAUACGUCUCAUUCGAGAGUGGCUCUGAUGAGCCGCCCAACACCUCGCGCCAGAGCCUCUUUGAUGAGAGUCUCAGCGUCGCUGCUACCGAUGGCGGUUCGUUGAAUGAUCGGAUGAGUGUCAUUGUAGCCGAGGAUGGCGAAGAAGAGGAUGAUGGCCUCGCUGACUUCUUGGCUGGAAAUAACUUCGCACCCAAGAACUGGAUGAAGGGAUCGUUGAUUGGUGAAGGUUCCUUCGGAAGCGUCUUCUUGGCUCUACACGCCAUCACCGGAGAACUUAUGGCCGUCAAGCAGGUCGAGAUCCCAUCUGCUACUAAGGGCACAGAAUUCGAUCAACGGAAGAACCUCAUGGUCACUGCCCUCAAGCACGAAAUCGAGCUUUUGCAAGGAAUGUCCCAUCCGAACAUUGUGCAAUAUCUCGGUACCGUUGCCGAUGAUCAAUACCUGAACAUUUUCCUGGAGUAUGUUCCUGGAGGUUCUAUUGCUACCAUGCUGAAGCAAUAUAACACCUUCCAAGAACCCCUCGUCAAGAACUUCGUCCGUCAGAUCUUGGCCGGUCUCUCAUACCUCCACAGCCGGGACAUCAUCCACCGUGAUAUCAAGGGUGCCAACAUCCUCGUCGACAACAAGGGCGGUGUCAAAAUUUCCGAUUUUGGUAUCUCCAAGCGUGUCGAAGCAUCCCACCUCCUUGGUGCCCGCGCCAGUGGCGGCGGCGCAGGCAGCCAUAUCCACCGCACGUCCCUACAGGGAAGUGUAUACUGGAUGGCACCCGAAGUCGUGCGGCAGACUGCCCACACCAAGAAAGCCGAUAUCUGGAGUUUGGGCUGUCUCGUAGUCGAGAUGUUCAUUGGCGCUCACCCCUUCCCAGACUGCAGUCAACUGCAGGCUAUCUUUGCUAUCGGUAGCAACAAGGCUCGUCCUCCUGCUCCGGAUCACGUCAGUCAGGAGGCUGUGGACUUCCUUGACAUGACUUUCCAUUUGGAUUAUGAGAAGCGGCCUAGCGCUGAUGAGCUACUUCAAUGCGAGUUCUUGUCUGCGCCUAUUCCAUGA